AUGACCAGAUUAACAGCGAAACCACUUCCUAUUGAUCCCACAACACGGAAGGCUACGGCACUUAAUUUGUUUAGUUUCGCUCGGCCUCACAUGCGAGGACUUCACUGUUCAUGGAUUUCCUUCCUUACCGCAUUCACUGGAUGGUUUUCGGUGGCUCCCUUACUUCCCACCAUUCGAAAAGAUUUGGGACUAACUGACGAACAGAUUGGCGAUAGUAAUAUUGCUUCGGUGUCCUCCACGAUUAUUUUCCGUGUAUUUUUCGGUCUUAUGUGCGAUAGACUGGGUCCUAAGCGUGUCAUGUCCUCGGUACUUAUUCUUGGUGCCAUACCAGUUGCUCUUGCCGGUUUGGUGCAAAACGGUACUGGUUUGAUCAUCGUCCGAUUCUUUAUUGGACUUCUCGGUUCUUCCUUUGUGUCUUGUCAAUUCUGGACCACCCAGAUGUUCAAUUCCAACGCCGUCGGAACUGCUAACGCUUUUGCCGCCGGGUGGGGUAACAUGGGUGGCGGUCUCACCUACUUGCUCAUGCCUUUGGUGUUUGAUGGCUUUAACAAGCUUUUCCCCGACCAUAUCGCUUGGCGUGUCGCCAUGGUUGUUCCUGCUUGCCUUUGUUUCUUCGUUGGCGUGUUGAUCCUAUAUAUAUCUGACGACU